UGAUGAUUAGCGAACGCCACAAAACCCUCAAUUGGUUGGUAACAUUUUGUUGCUGGCUCUGCCUAUACGCCGCAUGCCACGCCCCCUGUGCAGCUGAUGAGGUGUUUGAGGUUUUGCCACAAUCAGCAGCGGCAGCAGCGAAGACGGUAAAGACUGCCAGUCAACAGGAUGAAGUGAAUGUCUUGACGUUUGUAACGCCCAAUGCGACAACAGCGCCACGGAUGGACCCCAACAACAACAACGAAUGGCGACCGCUGGGCCACGGGGAUCCACUGCAAAAGGAUCCCACCUACGACUACAGUCCGCCGGCUUUGGAUCGCGUGCGCUACUGGGCAGAGAACAAUGCGAGCAGCGGCCAAGAGGCCAGGCAGAAGCUGCCAGCGGAGCUCUUGCGCAACAAGACCAAGAGCGAAAUUCUGCUGCUGGGCGUGGCCGGCGAACGCCCACGGCCGAGUCAGCAACAGAAGCCGCUGCCGUCUCUGGGGCAGGCCAAAUAUGCGCCCAUACGCAGAAGCUACUAUGCGCCGCAGCAAAUGCAGCACAUGCCACACACGCACCUGAUGCCGCCGCCCAUGCUAACAAAGGGCAUGGGUCAUGUCGAGUACCGUCACAAUGUUAUCAACUCGCCCAGCAGCUCGUCCUACAUGAGCUACAGCUCGCCAAGCAGCAGCAGCAGCAGCAGCAGCAGCCACAGCAAACACCCCAGCAGCACCACGCACUUCUACAGCAGUCCCUCGAGUGCCACCGCGCCUUGGUACACACACUCGCAGCCCAGCUUGUCGAGCAUGGCGAGCAUGUCCAGCAUGGGCGUGACGAUGCCACAUCGCAUGAGCUAUGCGGAUGCACAUCAUCAGGAAUCCAUGCAGCACUACAGCUUCUCGCGGCCACAAGCCGUGAGCUAUGCACCCAACUCGAUUCAUCCGCACUCCACGGGCGCCAAGCUGACGGCGGCGGCGGCGCCCAUACGUAAGCCCUGGCUGCACGAGCUGCUGCAGAAGGAGCUGGUGAAGCCGACGAUGAAGCAGCGCAUGAAGCCCACAAUGCCGGCUACGAAGUAUCUAAUGGGCACCACCAAGCCACAACAGCAGCAGCAGCAGCAACAGUCGAUGGCCACCGCCACUCGGCCGCCCUUCACCUAUGCUCCAGUGACCUUUGUGCCAGGCCCGCCCACCAUAGCCACAGCUACAGCCACAGCCACAGCGAGCAGCGCACAGUCCGAGCUGUAUAUAACGCCCACCAUGGCCAUGCCCACAGCCACCUCCGGCUUUCGACCCAUGCUCAUGUCCAGCGCCCAGCCAACGGCAACGCCAACAACUACAACAAGCACAGCACUGCCCAUCUAUAAGAGUGCCGCAACGACGGCGACGACGAGCAGCUCUCGACUGAUGAUACCGCAGACGAGCAAUCUGGCCCAUCGACCCACUGUGGCGCCUGCCUUGGAGCUAACCACCGAUGCGCUCUUCUCGCACUACAAGCAACCACCGAAGCCACUGCUCGGACCGAUGUAUCUCAUUAUCGAAGGUCACUCCAAGGUCAAGACUUAUGGACAGAACGAACUGGAUCCGCAUAGCCCAAAAAUUGUGCCCGUCAUCUCGAAGCGCGAGCCGGUGGUGCGCAUUGCGGAUCCCAAUGAGAAACGCGGCACCGUCGAGAGCUAUCAGGUCAAGCAUUUGCAUACAAAGACAAUGCCGCUUACAACAACAACAACAACAACAACAACGACGACGACAACAACAACGCCAGCAACAACAACCACAAGAGCAACGACAACGACAACAACAACGCCAACAACAACCACAGCCAGACCACGUCUAAGCGCCACAACGGCAGCUACGCCAAGCAGCCACAGCCCAGCAAAUGCUGGGGUCCAUGAUCUGCUUAGCUUGCUGGACAACAUGUUUGCCGAUGCGCAAGAUAUAGUCUCAACCAGCUCGCAGGCCACGCCCACAGUGGGCAGCAGCACAGUCUUGAAGCCGGUGACAAUGAAAACGAAGCUGCAGCCGCAGCUGCCAGAGCCGCGCAUAGGCAGCCAGGCAGGCAGCAUUGAGAGUCUGCUGGAGACAGCUGACACUGAUGAUGAUAAUGAUGAUGAUGAUGAUGCUGAGAAGGUCAAAAAUGGUUCACAGAUCGCGACCAGCACGGAACCUGAACAGCCACCGCGUGCCACCCGCCAAAUCUUUGACUAUGAUCAAUUGCCCGAGUCGCGUAUUAAGGCCGAGGCCAAAGACGAAGCUGACGACUACGACGCCGAUGACGAUGAUGAGGCUGGCGAGCUGCUGGAGGAUGGCGAACUGGACAAUCUGGAAGAUGUGAGUGAAGACGAGACGUCAGAUAGUGAACAUAAUUUACUCAAACGCAUCGAUAAAUUCGUCGAUGAUGUGGAUGAUGGAGACGAUGAUUUGGACGAUUUGAUUGAGGGUCUAUCACCUGACCAAGCUGACGAUGCUGAUGCUGAUGAUGAUGAGGCCGAUGAUGUUGAUGUUGGGCAGCGUCAUUAA